ACUUAAUUGACAAUGACAAACUACUAAUUAACAGAAGUAUUACGUCAAUGCCACAGGAAGCCUUUCCAGGCAUAUCGUUCCUGCGGAAUACGCAUGUCCUCCGUUAUCACCAAGAGCUCACACAUCAGGAUCAUCACAUAUUGCAUAUUGUAAGCUCCAAACCUGAGUCCAGUUGAUCAUGUGCGACGCGGCAGCACAGUUUAUCGGUGUAGACGUUGGUACGGGCAGCGUGAGAGCGGCGCUGGUUUCUAAGCAGGGACGUAUCCAGGCCACUGCUGUUAGGAGCACCAAGACAUGGAACGAUCGACCAGAUUUCUAUGAACAAUCCACAGAAGAUAUUUGGAAGGCUGUUAUAGAAUGUGUUAAGACUGUGACACGAAAUGCCAACCCAGAUGCGAUUAAAGGCAUUGGAUUUGACGCAACAUGCUCCCUCGCUUGCUUUGAUAAAGAUGGAAGACCUCUUAGUGUCAGUCCUUCAGGUAGCAACGAGCAGAAUGUCAUCCUGUGGCUGGACCACAGAGCCGUUGAAGAAGCCGACGAAAUAAACCGAAUGAAUCAUCAAGUACUCAAAUAUGUUGGUGGAAAGAUUUCACCUGAAAUGGAGACACCUAAAUUAGCAUGGUUGAAAAGGAAUUUGAAAAAGCAGUGCUGGGAUAAAGCUGGGUUAUUCUUUGACCUUCCCGAUUUUCUAACAUGGAGAGCAACAGAGUGUGACUCUAGGUCGUCUUGUUCUCUCGUGUGCAAAUGGACAUAUGAAAUGUCAGAAGAUGGCACUGAAGCAUGGAAUGCGAGUUAUUUUAAACAAUUGGGAUUAGAAGAUCUUGCCGAAAAUGGCUGGAAGAAAAUUGGAUCCGUAGUUUUAGCACCAGGUUCUCCAGUAGGAAAUGGCCUUUCUGUAAGGGCAGCGGCUGAAUUAGGACUAAACCCAGGAACUCCCGUCGGUACUUCAAUGAUUGAUGCCCAUGCAGGUGGUCUUGGACUUAUCGGUUGUAAAGCUGGUUGUGUGGAUACCAAGUUUCACACUAGAGUAGCGAUUUUCUCUUUAGGUUUAAUAUGCGGUACUUCCACAUGCCAUAUGGCCGUAUCUAAUGGUCCAACGUUUGUUCCCGGCGUAUGGGGUCCUUACAAAAAUGCCAUGAUACCAGGUAUGUGGCUGAAUGAAGGUGGCCAAAGUGCAACGGGCAAGCUACUGGACCACGUUAUAGAUACUCAUCCUGCUACCGAGGGAAUUAAAAAGAAACUGGAAGGCAAACACAUUAUACAGUACCUGAACAACGUACUGGAAGACUUAGCAAAGCAAAAGCAACUUAAAUCGGUAGCCUUUCUGACUAAGGACUUCCAUGUUUAUCCAGAUUUUCAUGGCAACCGUUCACCUAUCGCCGAUCCAACUCUGAAGGGUAUGAUUUGCGGUCUCACAUUAUCUGAUGACGAGGAAAGCUUGGCAAUACUGUAUCUGGCAACAGUCCAAGCACUUUCGUAUGGUACUCGUCACAUUUUGGAAACAUUACAAAGAUCAGGAUAUAAGGAUAUAAAGUCAACCCUUAUUUGCGGCGGAUUGAGCAAAAACCCAAUCUUUACACAAUCUCAAGCCGACGUAUGUAACCUACCGGUUGUAUGCCCAGAAGAAGAAGAGUCCGUCUUACUAGGUGCUGCCAUCUUAGGAGCAUGUGCAUCUGGUUACUUCAAAGAUGUGAAAAGCGCAAUUGAAGCUAUGGGAGGCAAUGGAAAAGUAGUGGUUCCAAACAAAGACAUCGUGGAUUUUCAUAACAAAAAAUAUAAAGUAUUUCUGAAAAUGUACGAACACCAAAUGGAGUACAAGAAGAUGAUGGAUUGAAAUAUGAAAUAAUAAAUUACAGCGGCAAUUUUGCAUUUUAGUUAAGACCACAAACAAUAAUAAUAACGCACAAUAUGUUUGUUUUCUGUCUAUAAUAUAAAAUCCAUUUUCAUUUUCUUCGAAACAAAUUCAUACUUACUGCUUGGAGCAUUGACAAGCUUGAUUCUUACGUUGCAUGUUAGCGAUAGAAGCAGGUUAUGUGAAGUUUUAAGUGCAUUUGAAGUAAAAUGCUGCUUUUAAAUUACUUCGAGCGUAAACAAUUACAAACAUUAUGACCAGUUACUGAUUGAUUCCGGAAUACAAAACGAUAUUGUUUAUACUGAACAUCUUUAACAAUUGAAUCAGAUGAAUUCUGUUCGAUGAUAAAAAAUGAUUUUUAGUUCCUCUUUAACUAUUUGGAUACCAGAGCUAUCAAAACAAGCCAUUUGACAUAUGGAUUAAAUAUAGCUAUUUACUACUCACGCCAAACUGGAUAACAAAUACUGUUAUCGCCAAAAAUUUUGAAAAUGAGAUAUCUUUUUUGGUUGUGAUAUACCUGUACAUCACUUAUUUUCGCCUGUAUGUCAGUGGCUCUGUCUGUCUGUCUAUAUGCUAAUUCUCAAGCCAACUUCGACUUGGAAAAUGGAAAAUGAAAGUUUCACUCAAGGUUACAACACGAAGGCUGAAAAACUUUGGUCUAGAUUUCGAUGGAGAAAAAAGGCCAAAAACAAAAAAUAAAUCGAUUAAAUUUCAUCUCUGAUCAUGUUUGUAAAAUGUUUAGGGGUAAAAAAUCAGGGGGUGGGGGAGGUUAUAUCUCAUUUUUUAUAUUAGCAAAUUAAUGACCCGUUUUAUAUAAAUUUCUUGUAAUUAGUUGUAUUUGGAGAUCAUAGAAAUACAGUUAUAACGUCGGAAAAAAUAAUUUUCUGCUUGGGAGCUCUAAAAUAAAAAUUUAUAAAUAAAAUCGAAGUAAAGGAUACUUAUUUUGGUUAAGCCAUUAUAUAAGUCGAGCUAUUUAUAACUCAUUCCAAAAAUUCGUUAACAAUAUAGCAAUUCCGAACAUAUACAUAAAAAAAAAAUAAAACAAACAAAAUGAUUGGAAAGAUAUUUAAAAAAAAGAAUAAAAAGUCCUUUCCGUGUUGGAAUAUUAAAAAAUAAGGAACUUUAGCGAACACACUACAAACUAUGGUGGUCAAAAGGUAAUCUAACGUUAUGCAUAUCUUAGAUAUCAUUUAGAUUUUAACCGAUCAAUAUAAAAAACAGAAGACUAUUACGAGGUAUAGCUGGACACAGAUUGAUGGAAAAGAGAAAGGUAUUUCUAGAUAGUUAGUAAAUGUCUGAGCUAUUUUUUGUUAGAUUUGAUGUUUCGCCUUUUUGUUGCUAUAUACUAUUUUGUCUUCAUUAAAUUAAUGAUACAUAGCAAAUUCAAGUAUUAUGUUCAAUAACAUCCUUAAUUUCAUGAAGACACAAUAGCCACCACCACUUAAGGAAUAGCUCAGAUUUUUUCUUUUUAGAAAUACCUUUCUACUUUCCAACAAUCUUUAGGUAGCUAUACCUCGUAAUAGUCUUGCAGUCUAAAUGAUAUCUAAAAUGUGCAAAACGUUGGAUUAUUUUUGGCCACCACAGAUUCGAAGUAAUAGGGGAGUAUAUUUUUUUAUGAUAAUCGAACACGGAAAGUACUGUUUAUUCGUUUUUUAAAUAUCUAUAUUAUCAUUUUAUCUUUUUUACUUUCUAAUUUUUUUCAUCUGUGUUGGCAAUUGCUAUCUUGGUAAUGAAAUUCAGAGAUGAGUUUGAAUAGCUAUAUAAUGUCUUAACCAAAAUUAGUAUAGUUUACUUCAAUUCUAUUAUUUAAGUUGUUAAUUGUGAAGUUAAUCAUUUUAGAGCCCUGAUAAAAGGAAAUAAUUUUUUCCAAAACGUCGGUAACUUGAUAAAGCAAAAUGAAUUUCUUUAAACCCCAAAUCCAAUUGGUGUGCCCAUACAUUUGCCCUUAAUAUCUAGAAAAAUAACUUCAGCAGACAUUUUGCCUAUCGGUCGCACAAGCUGUGCAUCUUUGGUAUUCGAUCCGAGUAACACAUAAAAAUAUAGUUGUCGUCACCGCUUUUGGCAGCACACCCCUAUGUGUGAACGUUUGUUGGGUAAGCUCAAACAUACGUUUUUUAGUUGAGUGUAUCUGUCUCGAGAACUCUGUCGUUACGUAUGAGUGCUCUUCUAUCAUAUUUGUCAGAGUGACAACUUACUUGACAUCGGCAUGCAAUUUGAGUUGUUCUAUUAUCAGACUUCAAUAUAAAUGUACAGUGCCCAGAAAUACGAUCAAUGGAGAAGGCCGACAGCUCGUACUAAAUUUAUUAGAGUACUCUCAAGAAGAGAAUGAAAACAGCGGUCCCCUGUAAACCACUUCAUGCGUAACUACCAGAUUAGUCUGAGCAAUGUUCCGCACAUGGUACGGAGACUCGAUCUGCUUACUUAUUUCAUAUGGCGUCGAUGACGUAUCCAUCAAGAACGGUGACUACAACUAUAUAAUAGCUUGCAGCGCGGCGACAUACGAGAUGUACGUGAUAAUAUGUAUGUAUACGUAUUUGAGUAUACCUAGAGCCUAGUUCAGUGAGGUUAUCUGGUUUCAUGACGAAAUAUUCAGUGUGGUAUAUGGUCAUAUAUCAAGAGCUAUUAUAAUUAGAUGUCAAAUAUUGUUGACAAACAGUUUCACUAAGAGCUCCAAAUAAAUGAGACCCCGUGUACGGACAUGCUUAUUGCUGCAAUCUGAGAAAAAUUGUUUUCAUGAAAAGCGCAAAUAGUGCCUUACUGGUUCUGACAACACAUAUGUCUUUUUGUUAUCAUUGCACUUUUUCUAAGAUGUGAUAAACAGUGGGUGAGAGGAAAAUACACGUUGUUUGAAGACAAGAUCGUAUAAUAUUUAUUGGAAUAAAUUACAGGUACAUAUGGAGAGGUCACCUACAUUCUGCAAGUGUGAAACUUUUGAGUUAUUGGUCCAUCCUAAGCUGUUUGUAAGUAAUAUAGGAAGAACUU